AGUGCAUGUCGACCAACAUGGCCGGCCGUUGUUUUCUUCUGAGCGUCCGCAACGCAAACUCUUGCGUUCCGCGAGUCAAAGUGCACUGCCUAUAUGAUAGUGACCAUACUGAUGUCGCCUUUCGGUCGGUUGUUCGGUUGUCCGAGUAGAGCUAGUAGCAGCAAGGAAUAACAACAACAGCAGAACCAAGAGAGAGAAAACAAAACAAUCGGGUCCAAUUUGUACAGUCCCUUUCGGAGAGAGGUUCGUUGUCUCCCGUUUGGUGUUUCGAAGCUUGUCUGCUGGUUGAGGCACAUAAAUUUCCACUCCGUUUCGGACUAAAUAGUGUGUUGCUGUUUGAGCUGGAAAGUCCUUCGCAGCGGUUGCCGAAAUUGCUGGAUUUCGCCGACGGGAUGGUUAUUGUUGGAUUCUCGAUCGUCGCUUGUUGAAAGGGCAGGUGAAUUGCGGACAAAAUUUCCAUCGUCUGCUACACAGAUCAAAUCUUUCGGCACGAUCGUGCAAGUGAAAGGCAGAGAAAAGGAAAUUUUCCUCCGCUGUAGCACACAAAAGAAUAGAAAAGAAGCAAGUAAGACAAGGAAAGUCUUGGUCAAAGCAAGAAAGAGAAAAGAUCACGAUCGUUCAACCAAAGUGGACAUCGUAAGUGAUAGAAAAAAGAAACAAGACAAAGUGUUUGUGUGUGGUGGUAUCUUGCGCAAAAGGAAGAAGAAGAUUUGAUUUUGACAUUUUGAUUUAUCUUUUGCUCUCUCGCAUGUUGUGAGACAUUUACUGCACUGUCUGAAAAGCAGUUUUUUCGUUGAAUUUGGAUUAAAUCCGGAGUUGCACCGACUGAAGUGGCUGUUGGAAAACUAAUACGAGUGUGCAAUUUUACCGCCGGACGUGUUGGCAAUCACAAACUCGAUUUUAGUCUGCCAUUACGGUAACUAAAAACGACUCGCCUGCUGCGUGACAGCUCCUCACGUAUCAACCCUUCUAUGAGCAGUGGUGGCCGCGGGAGGCGGGGAGUAUCUUUUUUCUAGCAGCUCGGUCCCUACAAGCAGCAACACUGAAGAAGUUCGUGCAAACGCGUCUCAAUAUGAUCCGAGAUCCGGGUGCCGGUCCUCACGAAAGUCCAGAACCGCAACCGUCGAUCAAAUAUGACCGGAUUGUAUAUGACAUGCAUCGACCACCAGUUGCCGCAGCCGCCGUUCCACCGGUAACUCCGAUGGAGCUGGAUCCGGAAACCCCGCUAGAUAUGACCGUCCGUCGGAAGGACUCGUCAGAUCGCCCACCUGAAGUGAACACCACCGGGAUAUCGGCGGCUGAUCUUCAACACAGCUGCAACACCGGCGGCGGAAAUGGCAACGAUGCGCCAAUCAAUCUUAACACACGUCCCAGUGUGAUAACGAAAGCGCCUCCGCCGCCAAUCAAGAAGCGCAUCAGCAGUAUGCAUAGCAAUGGUGAAAUAGUGAUAAAAAGCGCUGUGGGUGAUAAUCUGUCUCCGGUGAACUGUGACGUUUUCAUCGAGGAACACUUCCGGAGAUCGUUAGGUAAUACAUAUGCUUCCAUCUAUGGAAACAACAACAAUAAUCAGCAGAAAAGCAGUGGCAGUGAUACCAGAAACAGUAGUACUAGCAGCAGUAGCAGUAUUAGCAGUAGUUCGAGCAAUAGUAGCAGCAAUAGCGCUGUCUUGAGCACUAGCAGUAGCUCCAGUGGAAUCAGCAGUGUUGCCAGUAUGGUCGCCGGGGGAACCAGUAGCAGUGCCGGUAGCGUCGCCGGAAAUAACGUUAACUUUAGUGUUAACAGUCACCUGGGAAGCGUAAGUCCUAUCAUUAGACAUAAUAACAUAAUCCCACCGGUGGUCGAGAUCUCACCAUUGCUUAAGGUAAAAUCUGAGCCAGGAUUGGUUCAACCGCACGUUCGACCCGAGCUUAAAAUCAAACCCGAACUGGGCACCGUACAGCAUAUGAGGCCCGAUUCCGAGGAAGAAGUCGAUGAUCAUUUUGCUAAAGCUCUCGGAAAUGACACAUGGAAAAUGAUACAGGAGAAAAAGAUGAACCUGUGAGCAAUGAUUUAACAACUAGGCACGAAAGAAACCAGCUUUCUUUAGACUCAUACAAUGUUGAUUGGUAAUAUAUUUAGGCAAUAUUAAGUUUUACUCUAAGAAUACCGGUGUGGAAGCCUGGCAUGUAAUUUGCAGCAACAACAACAAUCGUGCGCUCUUUUUUAUUAGUGAAAAUAACAGAUUAACGUUAGAACGUAUCCAAGAAAAAAACAAUACAAGCAACAUUGGUGGUGCCUCGAAAACUCGCCGAGAUUACACACAGAGAGAGUCCAAGACUAGACUUUUAUCGAAGCGCGCGUGCGUUCCGUCGUGUCCCGGUCAGAACAACGGUCAAUUGUUAACACAUUUAUACCAUUUAUAAGAGAAACAAAACAACCACUCGUACUAUAUUUACUAAUGCUGAUGUCUGUGUUAGGAACGCUUCUCUUUUUUAUAUUAUUACCUUUUUUAAAUAUAAAUCGUCACUUGUUUAAAACGAGCGCAUUUACUAAUUCCUUGUUGUUUGUUGUAAAUGAUAUUUUUUUGUUCCUGAUAUGUAGUUGUUCUCUAAACCUUUCGUUAGUGAAUUCUUCUGAUUAUGGUCGUGGAAGAUUAUUGUGGAGAAGAGAGAUCAUAUGAGAAUCAGUUCUUCAAAAUCAGAAUGAGUACAAUCCGAUUGGCUAUUUUUCGGUUAUUGGCCACUCGACAUGGACAUUAAUCAUAAUAUUUUGAAAAACUAAUACCACAGAUAACAGAUAUUGAGGCUGGCAUCCAAACGUGUAAACAUCGGCAACCGUUAAUUCAAAUGUAUUUUAAAUUGGGACCGCGUUUAGCAACCGAUUGGAGAUGGCGCAAGGAUCAUUGUUAUUGAAAACGCAGCCUGAAUGCGGCUGUCAAAUCCAUUGGCUGCGUUCGACGGUUAUUAAUCAGCUGCGUCAGUAUGUACUGCCGCAAUCAGUUGAAUAGAUGGCAAUAGGCCAACGUAUAUAAAUUCAAAAGUGUACACAGGAUUUU